GUCUUAUCAAAGCGCCCUGUGAAGGGGACGAACGAACUUCUGUACGUACCUGUACGCCACUGUUGACGACAUAGGUCACGUGUUAUUGUUUGAGGCAGGAAAUUGUCGGUUCCGCCUUGAACGGAACGUAGCAGCUGCUGGGACCUCUUCUCAUCGUUACUUUCUGCCAUUUCUGUGUCUACCAUGGCACACGGAAGUGGGGGCUCCUUAUCUAGGUUGGAAUUCGAGUACCAGGAUGCGUAAAUGUGACACAAUCCAAACCGGUACGCUCCCAGCUGCUGUAGUGGCUGCUAGCGUUCUGGGUAACGCUAGCUAGCUGCCAUAGCUCACGAGAGCUGAGUUGACCAAAUUUGUGGCCGUCUGCCGUUAACAUCUCGGACGUAUUCGUUGCUGAUCCUGGCUGCCAGCUAUUUGCUUGGUUUGAAUUGCGUUAAGGUCCGAGAUGGAGCUGUUUCAAGCCAAGGAUGAUUACAUUCUUCAGAGCGGGGACAAUGCACUGUGGUGCAGCCGAAAGGACGGGACCAUGGUCGUCAGACCUGGUAUGUACCUGACGAAACCCUUGCAAAUGAAACUACCUAUCACGCUGUAUAUAUAGAGACUAUCCAGACUAUCGUAAUUUAAAGGAGGUUAUUUACGAUGUUUCUUAAACACUUCCGCAGUUUCAGCCCCUCUAAAGCACGUAUAUGUUCGUAUGAUCCGUUAAGGUCCACACUUCAAUCAGACUCAUGCUUAAGUAAAUGUAGACAUACUCCAAUGUGGCAUCUCUAGUCUUAAAAUCACUGUCUCUGUUGCACACAGCCCAAGUAAACCCCAGAGCUGUUGACUCUCUCCUGUCAUCACAAAGCAGAGCUCAGAGUAAUAUAUGAAGACUGUCAGAGAUGUAGGCUACAGUUUUCAUUGGUGACAGUGUUGCUGUAGAGACAGUUUAUACUGAUGCAUGUACCAAAUAUAAGGAACACCUUCAAUAUAACACACUCAAAGACACCACACCCACUACACCUUCACUAGUAAAUACAAGGUUCAAGAACUACCUGUCUGAUCAUGUCAACACAAACUGGAAGUUUAGGAGCAUCCUGGGAGCAGGAUUAAUCAAGGUGGAGGUGUUGCAGUAGAUUGCAAAGGUGUUUAUUAGGUUAUGACUAGUCUGUGUGUGUCCUAGCUGGAUCUUUAACCUAGCCUGGAUUUGGUAAAGCAUUGUGCAUUGAGUUUGAAUCACAAUAGCUGUUUGUUCAUCACACACUCAUUAACUCAUUGCUUUUUUUGAUUUCAUCUGACUGUAAAGUUACUUAGCAUGCAAAACAACCUAUAAUCAGCCAUAGACAUUGCUUUACAUGAGUGUUUGACAUACUGUGGGGACACAGGUGGACAGAGCAGAGCCCAGGAAGGUUUGUUAAAAUCAAUUCAACACUGCUUGCUUUUUUUAUUUGUCACGUACAGAGACAGAUUAUUAAUCUUAACAUCUAAAGUCACAAAAUUAGGAAAUUACUUGAAAGAUUGUAUUUGUCAAGGACAGAUGCUUUCUGUUUAACCAAAAACAAUCAUGACAGAACACUCUUCAAAGCCACUACACUCCCAUGGCAAACAAAUCAACAUUAAUUUUGUAUUGCAGAAAACUGGAGUUGUUGAGACUUCACUCAGUAGACUAUUGCAUUGUCUGUGGGUGCUUGUUGUUGGGUUAAAUGUUUAAAAUAGCAAUGAAGGGAAAACAUCUUAAACUUUAAAAGCAAUCACUGUUUUUAGAUUUAGCUGUGUGGUGUCGCAGUUUUAAAGUUUUACUGACUUUAAAUUGUAAAGCCCUAAGAUAUAUUUUAGAACUGUGUAUACGUGUGCCAUAAUUCCCCCUAAAUCUUUGAAAUAGCUCCUGAAACGACAUUUUGGUUCAGUUACAUUAGUGAGCACGGCUGCUGAUUCCAGCUAAAAGGGUAAAAAAGCUUUUUUACAUCAUAGAAUACUAAGAGCAGUGGGAACUUCACCUCCACUUAAAUAAGUGCACCUCUAUACCUAAGGAAAACUUUCAUUAGUCUUACCAGAUUACUGUGUAUGUUAUUCUUUGUGUCUGUGGAAGUUGGAUGGACGCUGUGCAGCCAUCCAGAACGGGGGUUUAGUUGCACCUCUGUUUCAUUAUUCAAUUGGAAAAAGAGUUUCCAGCCCUUACUGGUUUUCCUCUAUGGUUGCCCUUCAUACCAAACCAACUUUUUUUCUUUUUACUUGUGAACAGUUCAAACUGUGUGCAAAUGCUGCGCUGUUACAUUUUUAACAUGAAGUACUUUGUAUUUAGCAUGCAUAGCAUCAAAAUGUCCUUCCCUGUCAUAACAUUUUAACUCUGUGGCUCAUUCAUCUGUCAUAGCUGACAGUCUGUCUGUCUGGCUCUGCCCUCACACCUAUGUAAUGUGAUGUGAGCAGUUUUGGGCCUGUGCUGGUUUACAACUCUCACUGCUGGUUAUAAAUGUUAAUCAAGUAUAUUUGUUAUUGUUUUUGGAUCAAAUUGCACUUUGCCUAAUAAUAGAAACAACAUUAAAAUUUUUCAUUUAAGUGUUGAAGCUGCACGUUUUUUAUUAUUCUGUGUUUUGCAGAGAGCACAUUUACUUAAGUCUCCUACUGCUCCACUGUCCUCAUGUUUCUCCUCCAUUAAUAAUUUCAGCAACGGACCUAUUGUUAGCGUGGAAUCCGGUGUGUUUGGGUUUGGUUGAGGGUGUCGUUGGAAAGAUACAGCUUCACACAGGUAAGUGGAGAAUGACAAACAUUCAAAAGUUGCACUGUAAACAGCUGUUUUCCUACCAGCAUGGCACCCACAUUAUUACCAAUAUCUCUUCAUCAUGCAUUUUAUUUGUUUAUUUCUAUGAAGAGGUUUGAAUGUUUCUUUCUUACAAAAGGUGUAAAAAUGUUAAAUUUAGACUGUGAUCCACAUUCUCAAAUAUGGUAGAUUAUAUUAGUAAAGCUGUAAUUUUUUUCUACUUGAUGGAAUUAAAUUUUUAACUUUUGCUCUUGGCAGAUCUUCCACUGGGCCUUAUAUUGAUACGUCAGAAAGCAUUGGUGGGCCAACUACCCGGCAACCACAAAGUCUAUAAGAUCACCAAAAUAACUGUCAUUCCUCUGUCUGAUGAAGAGCCUCAGGAGCUUGAGCUGGAGGUGUGUUUGCUAACACUAUAGUGUUAUGUUACAAUAAACAUUAAGCUUAUAUUUUUGUCUUAUGGGACACCAGUGGUGUAGAAGGUUUUGCUGUUAUUAAUUUAUGGCUCCUGUGUGGAGUUUUUGUAAGUCAACUGAAAUUCAUAUUAAUGCCUUUUGAUGAUAUUGAAAAGCAAGCAAGACCAUCAGCAACAAGACUGAAUAUCUUUAUUUUACUGCCUCAGAUUGGUGCGAGGGGGUAGGUGUCAGCUAUUGAGACAGCCUUCUUAUUCAUAAUUUCCACAUGAAUGAUUUAUUGAACUAUAAAAAGUCAGCAGUGAGAUUUUUUUUGUCAGAAGGCAGUCGUUACAGCUCCUGCCUCUCAUGGUUUGUGUCGAUUUUGGCACCCCCUUCUGGACCAAAUCUUGUCCCGUAAAUGCUAAUGUUGUGUCUUCUGACUAAAAACUCAUCCUGCUAUCUUUUGACAGUCAAAUGUGUUGUUCACUGUGAAUAUUUUGCAAAGAAAUGGUGAAAACAGGGCUAUUUCUUAAGCUGUUUAGCUGACACCUCCCCCCCUCACUAUAGUUUUUAGUAUAAAAAAGUUUGGUACAUAACUGUCGGUCUUGUCUCAUAUGGUCUUAUUUGCUUUUGUAAAUAAUAAAAAGGCAUUUUAGAGCCCAAUAUGUAACAAUGGCCUAAAAUGUUAUUUUAAAAAAAAAAAUUAAACCUUGAAAUGUAAUAAUUAGUCGAUAAUGUAACAUGAUGCAACAUGAUGUAAAGAAACGUAAUAACUUUGUGCCCAAAAUGUAGUAACUUGUUACAUUUUUUGAUGAAUUUAAGUAUAUUUCAUUAAUGUAAAAAAAAACUCCUCACAGGAGCUUUAACUUAAAAAAGUUUUAUUUUCAGCCACACAUUUAAGUCUAUAAUAAAAUGCAAAUAUGACAAAACUGUAAAGAUUACAAAAAAAAAGAAGUGUUGCUAAGAUUUCAGUUUUUCAGGAGAGCUUCAUGGAUGGUGAGACAGAGUAUUUUCAAGUGAGUAAAAAUAGAGUCAGAGAGCCAUUCCAGGAUAAGCAUUUAGACCCCAUCCUAUUAUGCAUUGUCCUUGUCGUGUAGAGUAACUAUUUUAACCCUCUAGUGCCUAGAACUUUUUAUGAUCAAUGUCGCUUUAGGUUCCUGAGAAAGAGAGCGGUAAAGCGAACUUUUUAUUUGGCAUGUUGUGUUUUCGUAGUUUAUAGCUACAGACUUAUUUUUCAGUUAAUUCAAGUUGGUAUCAGUUUCUGCAGAUGUCACUUUUAUGUUAUGAGAGAUGUAAAAUAAUGUGAAACUGAUUCAGGAUCCUUUCUUCCAGCUUUGCAAGAAGCAUCACUUCGGGAUUGACAAACCAGAGAAACUGGCCCAGUCUCCUGAUGAGUCAAAGUUCUUGAUGAAAACUUUGAGCCAAAUUAAGUCUAAUGUGGCAGUGCCGAUCAAGAAAAAGGUUUUUGUUAUGCUAUUCACCUUUAUCGAACAUAAACUAUACCACUUCUUUUUCUUCUACACAAGGCUUUGAAGCACACAGGGUUUUACUUUUGUCAGCUUAUCACUCUUUUCUGUGUACCCACCCAAUCCAGUAUUCCCCUGCCUUUCAGGUCAAGGAAAACAAAGAGAGGGAACGCUUAGAAAGAAGGCUGCUGGAUGAGCUCUGCAAGAUGUUCAUGGACUCAGACUCCUUCUACUACAGCAUGACCUAUGACCUGACCAACAGUGUUCAGCGCCAGGGAGACUUAGCCAAUACCAGCUUACCCUUGUGGAAGCAGGUAUGUAGAGAAACACAUUUUCCAGUUUGCUUACACCAAAUCCCAGCAAACAUGUCAAGAUUUAAACAGCUGCUGCUGCAGAAAUCUGAAGAAAAGGAGAAUCAGAACCGAAAAUGACUUGUGAGUAAAGACAUACCAGCCAAGUGGAGGACACCUUUCCACACCAGGGCCAAUGUCUAUUUCAGGAAAACAGACAUUUUUUCGCCCAUAGAAAACUUGGGUUCAAACAUUUACCUAUGGUAAUUACACUGACUAAGGGAUGGAAACUUAAGUUAGAUUUGGAAAAUAGGGGCCAAAUGUGCCAACUUGACAUUACAGCUCAUUGGAAAUGAUUUGAUUAAUGAUUUAUUCAAAUUUGUAUUUGUUGCUCAAGGUGGAUGACCGUUUCUUCUGGAAUAAACACAUGAUCCAAGACCUUAUUGACCUUCAGGUAAAGCUUUUCCACAGCGCAGAUCAUUAUUACUUGACUUAAUAAUUGAUUAAUGUUGUUUUUCCCCAUAUUCACAUUCAGAAAACUUUGUCAGCUGCGACAGACAUUUUCGUAGACUUGGCUCAACAUACAAUAUGAAGACAUCUGACAUAAACACCAGAGCUUCAUCAGACUCAAAAUAUUCUCAUAGAUGAUGACUUCUUUUGAUCUUUUUUUUGCCAUUUUAUUUAUUUAUUAUUAUUAUUCAUUUCAACUUUUUUUCUUUCAGGUGCCAGAGGUGGACUUCUGGGUGACACCAAUCAUUCAAGGCUUUGUACAGGUAGAAGAACUUGUAGUGAACUACAACGAGACAACUGACGAUGAGCGCAGCAGCCCUGAGACCCCCCCACAGGAGACCACCUGUGUUGAUGACAUACAUCCCCGCUUCACUGUAGCACUGAUUUCCAGACGGAGCCGCCACCGUGCAGGUAGAGCCAUAGUUGGCUUUAAUUAGGCAUGGAGAAAGUUUGAUUUAGUCCAAACAUAUUGACAGGUCUUGCCCCAAACCCAAAUCGAGAUUUCUCCACAAAUGGCUUUGAGUUAUGUAGACAAUCUUGGUUUUUAUUAUCAUUAAAUAGCAAUAAAUAGUAUAUAAAGUGAAUGACUUUAGUACUGAUGAUGCUUUCUCUGGAUCUUACUCAAAGGUAUGCGGUACAAACGCAGAGGAGUGGAUACUGAUGGUCACGUGGCUAACUAUGUUGAGACAGAGCAGCUGAUUCAUGUGCACAGCCACACGUUGUCAUUUGUGCAGACGCGUGGCUCUGUACCUGUCUUUUGGAGCCAAGCAGGGUACCGCUACAAUCCCAGACCACGCUUGGAGAAAGGUCAGGGGAGCCAUAUUAUCUCACUGUUUGCAAUUUUGCAUAGUUUCUCAGAGCCUUUGUAUUAGUGUUGUGGACUUUGCAGAUUUCAUGGUUUUCCUUGAAAAAAUCUGUCAUUUCAUUACAAAUUUCUUUCCAGUGUGUGAGAUUGUACACUACAUGAAAAUAGAGUUUUCUCCUCAGUAAUUGUUCAGUUUUUCACUUUUGUGUUGUCAUUUCUUACUCGAAUAAUGAGGGGAAUUUACUCCAUGUUUAAGUGAACCAAAAUCUUGUCUCCUAAAAUAUGAUGAUGUAAAAGGUAGCAAACAAGAUGUAUUUAUCAGGGAUGUGAGUCAUCUCGAUUUAGCUGUAAUUCAGGAUUUCUGACCCAGUGUCUCAGUGAGUUAUAAGAACCUGUGAAUCUCAGGCAUCUGCAAGAACAUAUUUUGAAUACUAAGCUGUGUGGGGAGGUGAUAAGAACAUUUUAGGACAUUUUACAAACUAAAAGACUUUUAAUUUUUAAGUAUCCAUGCCAGUGUUUAUGUAAGAUGUCAUUAAAUAUAUAUUGCCGAAGAAGUACUUACUGUUUGGUCAGAUGCUAAUCUGAUGCCGGAUUGUUGUUUUGAGCCGAGCUGAGUUAAGUAAUACGGAAAUUUGUGUUCAUGUUUUCCCAAUGCUGAAGGAGAGAAGGAGACUAUGACAUACUUUGCUGCUCAUUUCGAAGAACAGCUUCGACACUACAAAACACAGGUGGGUCAGCUCUUCUUGAGUGUACACUUACAGUUUGUAUCAGGAUUACAACUUCAGCUCUAUCACCAUAUACAGUAUUUCCCACAGACUGACGGGUGUGCUUUUCAAGAGCUGGGAUUUCUUGAUGUGUUUGAGACCAUCAGUUGUGCCAUGCAGUUGGAUCCAAACUUUUGACUAGGAACUGUGCAACCACAAAGUGUUCUGCUUAUCCACUCAUCCAUCAAUCUGUACAUCCUAAGUCAGACAAAUGAUUCCUGCAGUGAGCCCUGGGUACACUCUGGAUCUUCACUCUAAAGGGAGGUACCAAAUCCCUUGAACUGUCUCCUUUUAUGUAAAGGAGGAACAGCUGGACUCUGAGCUCCCUCCUGAUGUCAGGAGUCUGACUGUCAGAAGCAACUUGUUUUGGCUGCUUUAUGUCAGUCUUUUGGUUGCCACCCAUAGCUCAUGGUGGUACAUAGAAAACUUUACCUCCAGGUUCAGCUCCCCUUACUCAUCAUUGUCCAGUCCAUUGUCUGCAUUAUCACAGAUGAAACAUCAGCCUGACUGUUGAUUUCACAAUCCAUUUUGAUGUCUUUUAUGAACAAGAUUCUGAGAUACUUGAGGUCAUCCACAUGGGUCAAAAACUUACUCCCACCCAGAGGGGAGAAUCCACCAUUGCUGUAUCAUGUAGUAUUUGAAUAUUACCCAGCAAGGAUCACACUUGAUGUUAUCUGCAGCGCUAAAUGACAGUCUUCUUUAUGGUAUUCCUCAGGUCAUUGUAAACUUGGUGGAUCAAAGUGGACGAGAGAAGCUGAUAGGUGACGCAUAUCUGAAGCAAGUCCUGCUUUACAACAACCCUAACCUCACAUAUGUUUCGUUUGACUUCCAUGAGCACUGGUAAGAGGCGCACACUCCUCAGCAGAGCAAUCUGUCUUAACUACAUUGUCCUGACCUCCCCGUUCACCUUGUAUAUCCUGUUUUCAGUCGAGGUAUGAAGUUUGAAAAUGUGCAAAUACUGACGGACGCAAUCUCUGAUAUCAUCACUGACAUGAAGUGGGCCUGGUGAGUGUCUGCAGUGUGCUCUUCUUUUCAGAAAAUGUAUCAUGAUCUCUUAUUGAUGGAGUAGAAACAAUUUGUUGAAUGUGGUUCAUUUUUUUGUGCUUAAAUUUGGGCUUAAGACUGUUGUCAUCUGAGAGAAUUUUGUGAUGAUGGAUUCUCCUUUGACAGGGUGGACCAGGCAGGAGUCAUCUGCAAGCAGGAGGGUUUCUUCAGAGUAAACUGUAUGGACUGUCUCGACAGAACCAACGUGGUCCAGGCUGCUAUUGCUCGGGUGGUGAUGGAGCAACAGGUGUGUUGACAGUCAUAUUGUGGCCAAGAAAGAACAAAAGACAUGAAAGUGAAUUUAAAUUCAGUCAUUAAGAUAGAACUGGUUAACCAUAACAAAGAUAACAUGUGGAGCACGAGUUAUAUGCAGCAUCAUAUUAAAAUGUUUAGAAGGAUAAAGUGUGCAAACCAAACUGUCUAGCUCCUGAGAAAUAACCUGAGACUGCCAAGUCAGCCUAUAAGAGAUAAAGUUAAGGAAAUUCAAGCAAAACCCUCCUUCACAAACAACUCCUCCUAAAGCAUGUCCAAGCUGUGUGCAACUGAUUAUUAUGUCUGUGUAUCCCAAAACAACUGAGCAGAUGGCAAAUAGGCUAAAACGCAGGUCCUGCCUGGGCAUGCACUGAUUGAUACAUAACUGAUUACCCCUUCAAUCUACUAUCUUUAGGUUCAUUACCCAAAAAGCCCUCCAAGUUUCACCAAGUACCACUCAAAAUGUAUGACAAACAGUGAGGGAGCAUUUAUAAAAUAUGAUUGCAGAGUAAACUCUUCUCAUCUUUGACCCUUUUUACACCUUCCAAACCACUUCUUCGGGUACAGGAUCUAACUUUUAUAAGGCCCCUUUUAAUCCGACCUUCCUGACCGAUGAAGCCGUAACAAAGGCAGGUGCACUCUCUGUAACAUCAUAGACAUAAAGGUCUUCUUUCGUCAAUUUUCAGUUGAAAAAGCUUGGUGUGAUGCCUCCGGAGCAGCCUCUGCCUCUCAAAUGCUACAGAAUAUACCAAAUUAUGUGGGCCAACAAUGGAGACACCAUCAGCAGGCAGUACGCAGGCACAGCUGCACUCAAGGUAACAUUGCUUUUGGCUUGCUUGAACAGAGAACAUGGAAGUGGGCCAUCUUCUAGACCCAGUUGUUAGGGGGACAGCUAAAGUCAUGGACAUGAGCUUCCCCAACAGCAGAGCUCAUAGAUUUAUUGAGUAUUUCACUGAACACAUCAAGAUGGCAAAUAUAGAUUGUGUUUCUUUAACAUGAAAUUUGACUAAAAUCACAAAGUUAACUGAUCAACAGUAAGUCAAAAUGUAUAUUUAACAGACACAUUAACAAACAUCUAUUUUAGGGAGAUUUCACCAGGACAGGGGAGAGGAAACUGGCUGGUGUUAUGAAGGACGGUGUGAACUCAGCCAACCGCUACUAUCUGAACCGCUUUAGGGAUGCUUACAGACAAGCAGUCAUUGGUAUGGAAACUGAUAGAAAUCAUGGAAGUAUAGUAUGAGUGUCUGUGCUUAUGCCAUACCAAUUAAAGCUCAUUGAGGGACUUUUCUUAAUUCACCUCCCUGAAUUGCAGACCUUAUGAUGGGCAUACCAGUGACAGAAGACCUCUACUCAAUCUUCAGUAAGGAGAAGGAGCAUGAGGAGAAAGAGAAGGAGAGCCAGAGGGGAGCACAGGAGCAGGUCAGCCUCCUACUGCAGACCUACAUGCAACUUCUGCUACCUGAUGAUGAGAAGUUUCAUGGAGGCUGGGCCCUCAUCAACUGUGACAUGAGGUUAGUGUCCGGCUGUCAUGUCUCUUCUUUGUCUGUUUGGUACAAAUAUGUGUAUAAUCACAAAGGUGAUUCUGGAGGCUAAGUUAUCUGACGAAGCACUCCAUCACCCUCUUUCUUGGUCAAAUAGCCCUUACAUAGCCUAGAGGUGUAUUUAGGUCAUUGUCCUGUUGAAAGACAAAUGAUGGGCCCACUAAGUGCAAACCGGAUAGGAUGGCCAAACCAGAUAGGAUGGCACGUCGCUUCAGGAUGCUGUGGUAGCCAUGCUGGUUAAGUGUGCCUUAGAUUUUGAAUAAAUCACCAACAGUGUCACCAGCAAAGCAUCCCCAUACCAUCACACUUCCUCCUCCAUACUUCACUGAGGAAAUCACACAUGUAGGAACCAUCCACUCACCUUUUCUGCAUUUUACAAAGACAUGGUGAUUGGAACCAAAAAUCUCAAAUUUGGACUCAUCAGACCAAAGGACAGAUUUCAACUGGUGUAAUGUCCAUUGUUUAUGUCACUUAGCCCAAGCUAUUCUCUUUCUCUUGUUGUUCUUCCUUAGAAGUAGUUUCUUUGCAGCAAUUUGACUUUUUCGAUUUUUCUUUGCUAAGUUGAGUGGUUUCUGCCAUUAUAUGGAUUAGAACAGUUCUCAAUCUCUUUAUCCCAACUGUACCUCUUCACAACACAGAUAAUGGUCUCAAACACAUUAAGGGGUCAAGAAAUUCAAGCAAUUAACUCUUGAUCAUGCACAGCUGUGACCUGGAAGUCAUUCCAGGAAAGUCAUUCCUUGUAAAACUGACAGAAAAUACCAGGAUGUGCAAAGCUGUCAUCUAAGCAAAAGGUGCCUACUUUGAAGAAUCGAAAUUAUAAAACAUAUGCAGGUUUGAAUAACACUUUUUUGUUUACCAAAUAAUUCCAUAAAUAUUUCUUCAGAAUGUCAAUGACUUAAGUAUUAUUCUACAAUUCAGGAAGUUUUAAAAUAAUGAAAACCACUGAAUUGGAGGCGGUUUCCAAACUUAUAUACACAGUACACACAAACACAACCGUUGUAUAUUGUGUAUAUUGCACAUAUUGUGUGUUAAUUGCACUGAGCUAGCAUCAGAGUCCCAUUUAUUGUCCUUGUUGGCUUGCUUUAUUUAGUUCAGUUAUAGCUCUGUGGUGAAUACUGUUCUUGAGUCUGGAGGUGCAGGAUCUGAGUGCCCUGUAGUGCCUUCCAGAGGGUAGCAGGAAAAACAUGUGAUGACUGGGGUGGCUUGAAUCUUUGAGUAUGUUGGUGGUGGUGUGAAGGCAGUGUGUCCUGAAGAUGUCUUCCAGUGAGGGCAGGCUGAGGUCAGUAGAUUUCUGAUAAUGUGAACUGUUCGUUGUAACUGUCAAGAUUUAAAAAAAAAAAAGAACUAAAAUAUAUAUGUUUCCUUUAGUGGAUGAAAUUAUGGGGAAAAAAAGAACUUACUGACAUUUGACAUUUUAGCUGCAUCUGUAUAGGAGUGUUUGCCUAAAUCACUGACAUAGGCUCAAACAUACAUUAUCUUGGAGUGAUGUGAAGUUGAAAUGACAAAUUUUAUAUGAAAAUUAAUGAUCAACAUAGGAAUGUAUUUUUUAAUACUCCAUCUAAAAAUAUUUGAAAAAGAUCAUUUUGAAAACAUUUCUGAACUGAACCCCAGUAGUUAGAGCUCCGGUGAGGCUGCCCCUGGAUCAAUACCUUACAAAGAAUGUUCAACAUAUAUAAAUCAUGCUGUUAUCUGAUCAUUGUUCUUGAUGUUCAUAUAUAACAGUGUGAUUUUGGUGAAAUUAAGAAUUCUCGCAGUUAAACCUUCAGAGUAAUGUUUUGGUUAGAGUGUACAACAUUUUGCAGCAGUUCCAUAUUUGAUAAUAAUGUUCAUCCUGUUACCAACAUGUUUACAGUCAAAGGUCAAAUUCUCUUCUUUAUUUCACUAGCCUUGUUGAUUCAUCCAACAAAGAUGUAGAUGUCCUCCUCCUUCUGUCUGACAAAGCCUAUUACAUCGCUUAGUAAGUGUGACUCUAAUCUUGCAAACAAAUAAAAUAACAAAAUAGGAUAUGCUAUUACUGAGUAAUCAUGUGCAUUUUUUUUUUUCUCGCAGCUACGAUGAUGAAGCAGAUAAAGUCAACCAAUACCAGCGGCUCAGUCUGGAGGGCUUGGAAAAGAUCGAAAUUGGUAAAAUGUUCAAAGUUUAGGAAAUGAGGGUUUAUGAACACAGCAUUUUCAGCAUCACAAGUGUACUGAAUAGUUCCUUUUAGAAAUGUCUCUGUUGAAUAGAACUCAUAAAGUGCUUUUCAACAAUGACACCAAGAAAUUUUUAUUGUAGUCCUGUUAAAGGUGGGGUAGGCAGGAUCUGAUGAAGUGCCAGAUUUGGGGAGAAAUCUUGAAUGUAAACACUACCCCUCCCAACCAGUUUUCCCCUCAGCUCCUCCUCUCCCCUCUGUCCCUGCUUCAGCAAGCUCUGCCCACAAACAGACACUCCUGCUCGCUCGUAUCGUUAACUUUUGUUGGGCUGGUAAAUGUUAUUCGAGGAUGUGGAGUGUGCCUCACAACAUGAGGGAGCAGCGUCUGCCUCAUACCCAAUCAGGUUGGGGAAGGCAGAAAAUGGUUUUGUGUACAGUCAGAAUGACUGCCCAAAAAUUGAACAUUUUAUUUUAAUUUUUAAAACACAGACAUAGCAGAGCACUGCAAUAUCAUUAUGUUACCAAAUGUCAUCAAUAACAUUGACCGAUAUUAAAAGCUUUUUUUGUGUAUAUACCACAAAAAAAGAUGCUUCUUUAACCGAAUCCUGCCUACCCCACCUUUAAGGCAUCCAAUCUAAUAAUUGUACAGGGAUUAACUGACACUGCUUUCAAUAGUAUUAGAUUAAGAUCCUAGUACUAGGAGUUCCUCAGAAGGUUUGGAGUUCCUUAGGAAAGUUCCUGUGGUCAAAAAGCACCUAUUUAGGGUAAGCAAAUCCUUACAAUGGAGUUUGUGAAGUUGUGUUUUCUUCUGCAGGUCCAGAGCCCACACUGUUUGGGAAGCCAAAGUUCUGCUGUAUGCGCUUGCAUUACAGGAGUGAAGAGACAAGUGGAUGCUUUCACACGCUGAGAGCAGCAACCCGAAAUCCUGAUGAUGACGGGAAAGGUAGUGAGAUUUUAAAAAUUCUUUAAAUGGAGGGAAACAAAGGCUGUCAGGAACAUAAGCUACUCAUUUACUGUUGACCGGAAAGACAUGCAUUUACUUAUAUUGUAAUUUCAGACACAUUACAAUGCAUAGCUGAGAUGCUCCGCAUAACUAAACAGGCCACAGGGUUGGACUUACUUGUGGUGGAAAAGAAGCUUGAGAGGUAUGUCUUCCUGUUAUCUUUUUGAUUGAGCAUUUAUUGGACAAUUUCACACGAUUAAAAUCUAAUAGCUAUUCAAGGUUUUAGCUUGUGCUUCUAACUAACAGCAGUGGCUUUUUGCAGCUUACUAACAUCAGUGUAUGUGUUCCAGGCGACAGUGCAAACCUCAUGACGAUAUCAUGGCCAUCCAGAACAAAUCUACUGUCCAGGGUAGCUCCGGGUUGGCACAGGGCAAAAGUUUCCUCUUAGACAAAUUCUCCUCUCUCAAUCAGAAAGUGAAACAGACCAAGACAAACGUAAACAUCGGUCCCUUUAAGCCCCUCGGAAAGUUGGGCAACUUCUCAAAGCCAGAUGUCAAAGUCAAUUUCCUCAAGCCUACUAUGCAUGUCAACCUGUGGAAAUCUGACAGUAGCUUGGAGACAUCAGAAAACAACCCCGCAGCAGGAUGCCUGAAAGAGAUAGGCGAUGAGAACUCUGAAAACUCAGAGGACUCUGACUCAUAUAUUUCUGAUCCAGAGCAACCCUGCUCUGGGUCUUUAGAAAACAUGGACUAUGUGCUGCCCAGCUGUGGCAUUGUGGUAUCAAACCCCAGACUGGGUAGCCGCUCCCAGUCUAUUGGGAGCGUGGAGCUGAAUAUCCCCUCCAUGAUUCGUGUCACUGGGUGUGACGAGAAGCAAGAAAACCCCUUUCAAACUUGUAAUGACAAGUCCCCGGGGCAGGCCUCACUGGCUGAAGAAGCCAUUCUGAUUGACUUUGGUACUCCCAUUGAUGCCUACUGCCAGCAGUUUGUCCAGGAUGCACACACAAAACCUGUUGAGGUGUUUGGAGAGCAACCACCAUCUGCUGCACCCCCCCUUAACCCCGUGCAGAAUAAGACCCCAGCAGACAAGCAGCUGAGCUCGGAGAAGCAGCAUCAGCCUGAAGAGCCCCAGCUACCCAGGCCGUCCCAGCUCGAUGUGGAGUUCACUUCUUCGAGCUCCAACCUCCUCACUGUCCAAAAAGCGAGCUCUGCAGCCUCAGGAGGAUCUCAGAGGAGUCUGACUUCACAUUUGGAAGGCAGCCAAGGUCCCUCACCUGCUGACAGCAACGGUAGCCGAGUAGUGUCCCCAUUUGCCAAGAUCAAAAGCUCAAUGGUUCAGGUGGCCAGCCUCACCCAGGCUGGGCUUACACAAGGCAUCAACUUUGCUGUGGCAAAAGUACAGAAGAGCCCAGAACCAGAUACUGUCAAUGAAACCCAAGAGAAUGAGCUAAAGGCAAUGUUUACACAGUGCCAGACGAGGAUUAUUCAGAUCUAACCGGUACCCUGUAGCAAGAUUUAGUAUCUCAAACUGUGUAGGAACCUCCUGUUUGGUAGCAGUAGUUUAGGCUUGCACAGAGCAUCUCUACCUGGCCAAAACACGCUCUCUAAUAGGACCCCCCCAAUUAAAUCUGUUCAUGCAAUUAUACCUCUUGUACAGUUGUCACGUAUAUAGUCUAGUAAAGGUGAUAGUGGCUAUGUUUACAUGCACAUUAUAAUGGAUGGCCUGGUCUGUUGGAAUCACACAGAAGUGAGUGUGACUUUCAUCCUUUUUCGAGAUGAAACUUUUCAAACUUUUAUAAUUAUUCCUAAUUCAGUCACUUGUAUUCAGUUUAUUGCAGCCCUGUAGAAAUUGGGACGAUGCAGAAUCUAUAACAGUUGUGAUCUGAGUGUGUCAAAAGAACUUCAGUCUUCAGUGCAUUGAAAACAGAAAAUUGUCAUUUUUUAGCUAUUUGGGAAGUGUUUUAUAAUCCCCUGUGACAUUUCUAUGAAGAAUCCAAAAUCCCAACAGAAACAUAGAAGUAAAGAUGACCUGGACAUGAAAAGACUUUUAAGUUUUAAAGAAGUUUUCAACUCUUGCACAGAAAGUGGUCUGCAGAACAUUUUUGUGCAUGUAAACAUGACCCCCUUGUUUUGUCUGAGUAGAUACGUAUUUGGCCUACAGUGCUUGCAUGUGAGGUUCAUGGUAGUAACAACACAGAGCAACAUGAGCUGCAUGUUGAAAGUUCAGCUCUAGAUUGAUCACAGAUGCCACCAAUUGGUGUCUGUGAUCUAAGAUUUGUAUCUGUUGUAGGAAAAUCUGACCAAAUCUCCUCUGUGAUUCCAAAAAGAUGGUUCUGUGUUAACUAUUCUUUUGCAUAGCUGUUAGAAACUAGACAGACAACAUAUUGUAUGUAAUUAACAUCAAUAUUGCCAUGUGUAAGUUCAAUAAGAAGUUAAAAGAUGACUCCACAGGACCUUAUUAUGAGUAUCCCAGUCAAUGAUGUGUAAUGAAUAUUGUAUGUUUGUGUUUCCAGACUCGAGACUUUCCUUUAACUUUUCGCAUUAGUGGUAGAGUGUGUUCAAAAGUAUGUGUGUUGUAUUUUGAGAAUAACCAGCAGGGUCACUGUUAAGCAUAAAUAACCAGAAAACUCCUGGUUAGAGCUGUAUUUGAUAGAUAUGUAUUUAAGAAAUAUAUAUAUAUAUAUAUAUAUAUAUAUAAUUAUUCGGCUCAUGGUUUUACUAAUAUCUGAUGUUUGCUCUUUUAUUAAGUCUUCAGCCAGUGUUGUACAUUGUUGUUUGAUAAAGGCAGAUGAGUAGCAUAUAGUAGGUAUAUGCAAUUGCACCUUCUGAGGAAUAUAAGGAUUACUGAUGCUUUAUGCACUCCUCGAACUGAAAACAUUUGCCUUAACAGGGAACUAAAGUAGGAUUAUGUACAUCAGGUAUUUAUGGCAAAAUCUACCUUGUAAAUCUACUCUGACAGGUUACAUUUGGUGUACUGUAUAGACAGCAAUGUUCAGGGUUUACUGUGUUAAGGUUUUUUUUUUUUUUGGUGAGGGAGGGAGGGUAUUUCAUGUACUGCAACUUACGUUCUCUUUGUUCUCCAUCACCAAGUUCUGUUUGAUAUUCAUGUACGCCAGUGCUGUUCAGUAUGGAUAUAUGUGUGUGUGUGUGUGUGUAUGUGUUUGUGUGUUCCUGAAGCCCUGCUGUGACCUGUAGUUCAUCACUCCACUGCUCUCUGUGCUGGUGUCAUUGUGAGAAAUACUACUGUGCUUUGAUAGGAGUUCAAUCCCAAGAUAUCCAACUCACUACAUAGAAGUCUUAAUCUUUCAUUUGAAAAACAGCUUUUAAGAGGGGGGCUGCAGGUUACUGUGUGGAUGCUACAUUAUACAGUUCUCCAGCCAGGUGACGGCUGUUUUAAUGCUGGGGUUAUUCCCUCUUGAAGGACUGCAGGCACUGGUCUCCAGUGGAGUAAAAACUACUUCUCAACUGUAUCAUGAUGCUUGAGUCUGCUACCUGGUUUUAUAUGCAAAUGCUAGCAGCCCUGUUUAUUCCAUACUUGAUGUUUUUUUCCUCCUGUUUUACACCAAGUGCUUUUUCAGCCACCUUAGAUUACUGUGUUGGUGGUGGUUCUUCUCUCCCUUAGGCUCCCAGGCCAGGACAGAUCUGUGGACUCAGCUGUUUUUAACGUUUAAGGACAGUUUCUAGCAUUAGCACCAGUCCAUGUCUUAUACCUGUGCGGUUUCUCCCCAAUUAUCAACUAACUGUUGUCUGUUUUACACUACACGCUGUAAAACAAUGAGGUAUUUCUUGUUAAUUAAAGUAUCCUUUAUACUCUUA